UAUGAAGGACAGCAAUAAUCCGACAGCUAAUAGAGGAGAAUGGGGCGGUCAGUUAGAGUUUAUUUUAACUUGUGUUGGUUAUGCCGUUGGUUUGGGGAAUGUAUGGAGAUUCCCGUACCUUUGUUAUAGGAAUGGUGGAGGGGCUUUUCUUAUUCCUUACGUUCUGAUGUUAGCUUUGGUUGGAUUGCCAAUUUUCUUUAUGGAAUUGUCGUUCGGUCAAUUUGCCAGUCUAGGUCCCAUAGCUAUCUGGAAGGCUAGCCCAGGUUUAAAGGGCCUUGGAAUAGCAAUGGUGCUUGUAGAUCUAUUUGUAGCUCUAUAUUAUAAUGUUAUUGUCGCUUGGUGCUUUUACUAUACUUUCGCUUCAAUGACACUCAGUCUACCGUGGAAAGAUUGUAAUAAUUCUUGGAAUACUAAACUUUGUAUCGGACCAGAUCUUUUACAAAAUGAAACAGCUCUAAAUCAAACUAUGUACGAGGGUAAUUUCACUAGAAGCGAAAUGAAAAGUCCUAGCGAAGAAUACUUUUAUAACAAAGUUUUAAAAAUUUCAUCUGGAAUAGAAGAAAUUGGAGAUGUAGACUGGCAUCUUCUUCUCUGCCUGUUGGCCGCUUGGCUUGUUGUUUAUUUAGUCUUAAGUAAAGGAAUAGCUUCGUUAGGAAAAGUAGUUUACUUUACAUCUACUUUUCCUUAUGUCCUGUUGACGGCGAUGUUAAUUCGAGGAGUUACAUUAGAUGGUUCAAAAGAAGGAAUUUUAUACUACUUAAAACCCGAUUUUUCAAAACUUUUAGAAGCAAAUGUUUGGGCUGAUGCUGCUGUUCAAAUUUUCUUUUCGUUAAGUACGUGUACUGGUGGUCUUAUUGCGAUGGCUUCCUUUAAUAAAUUCCAUAAUAACUGUCUGAGUUUUUAUUCGGGAUUUGUCAUCUUUUCUGUCUUGGGUUUUAUGGCAAAAGAAAAAGGUGUGAAAAUAGAAGAAGUAGCUGCAGCGGGACCAGGCUUAGUAUUUGUUGUCUAUCCUGAAGAGUGUGUUCUUUCAGCAUGCAUCGAUGAAUUUCCUCAGUUGAAGAUGGGUAGACGGGAAACUUAUUUCCGUAUUGGUGCUUGCACACUUUUCUUUGGAGUAGGAGUUAUCUUUGUUACAAAUGCAAUCACUAUUUUUAAAGCUCUUCAACAUGAACCACUGAGUUUGUUUGGACAUUAUGUCUAUCCCAAUUGGUCUAUGAAUUGUGGUUGGAUCCUUGUAGCUUUCCAAAUUUCCUUUAUUCCACUAGUCUUUGUAUUAAUAUUCAUGAGAAAUAAUGGCUUCAAGGUUCUGAAACAUGUAUUGAGUCCAUCAAAGAAUUGGCAACCUGCCCAACCUGAAAAUAGGGUGGGGCGUUAUUCAGCAAAUAUAGACGACCAUGUUCCCAUUGAGAUAAGAUUAGAGCCUAUUAGUAAACAAGACAAAGAUGUGAUAAAUAAAGAAGGCUUGUACAACGCUGGUUUCCAUCCAGACAAAUUUUAA